GACAAUGAUGAUGAGAAUAACACUUCGGGGAGAAAAUUUUCCUUAGGAAUAUUUUUUGCAUUCUGCAUUUUUAUAGCCAUCAGUGGUAAUCUCCUUGUGUGUGUUGCGGUGUUAACUGAAAGACGCCUGAAAAGAGUAAAAAACAAUUAUUUCAUAGUUUCCCUUGCGGUUGCUGAUCUACUUGUCGCAUGUGUAGUGAUGAGCUUUGCAAUGGCAAAUGAUAUACAAAAUAAUUGGAUAUUUGGCAGUAUAUUUUGCCGCAUAUGGAUUUCAUUUGACAUUAUGUGUUCGACAGCUUCUAUCCUAAAUUUAUGUGUAAUUAGCUUUGACAGAUACAAACAUAUCCAGAAUGCCAUGUACUAUGACUCAUGGAUGACUACAAGAAAAGCGUUAACACUUAUUGCAUCCGUUUGGUUUCUUUCAGGGCUUAUUUCGUUUCUACCAAUUCAUUUAGGGUUACAUGAAAUCAAUCUCGCUGCAGACAAUGAAACAAAAAAAAGUGAACAUGAAUGCACAAUCAAGUUAAAUUUUAUAUAUGCUAUUAUUUCAUCUACAGUGAGUUUUUAUGUGCCAUGUCUAGUCAUGCUUAUUUUAUAUUUUAAGUUGUUUUUGUUUGCGCGGAAGCAUGCACUAAGUAUAAAAAGUAUGAAAAGGCCUGUAUUAUAUUCACCCGGAGACAACCACCGCAUAAACCAAAGCAACUCAAAGAUUGCUUCAGACAACAAAGCUGCUUUCACACUUGGUAUAAUAACAGGAGUUUUUUUAUGCUGUUGGCUACCUUUUUUUAUUAUAAAUCCUAUUUCAGCAUUCAACACUGAAUUGAUUCAGCCAAACGCUUUUGUAAUAUCAACGUGGUUUGGAUAUAUCAACUCAUGUCUUAAUCCUAUCAUAUACAGCAUUUUCAAUGCUGAGUUUCGUGAUGCUUUUAAAAAGAUUUUGAGUUUUCGUAAUUGUUGUAGAAAUAUUUCA